GUCGAGUGUCGAAACCCUCUGAGCGCGCGGUGCGAUACCUUUGUCUGUCUUCCAACAACACACAGAUACGACUCGCAAUCAUGGCUGUUGGAAAGAACAAGCGUUUAUCUAAGGGUAAGAAGGGUAUCAAGAAGCGCACAGUCGACCCCUUCACUCGCAAGGACGAGUACUCCGUGAAGGCUCCUUCCACCUUCCAGACCCGCGAUGUCGGUAAGACUCUGGUCAACCGCACCAGCGGUCUGAAGAACGCCAACGACUCCCUCAAGGGCCGUGUCUUCGAGGUCUCCCUCGCCGACCUCCAGAACGAUGAGGACCACGCCUUCCGCAAGGUCAAGCUCCGCGUCGAUGAGAUCCAGGGCAAGAACUGCCUGACCAACUUCCACGGUCUCGACUUCACCACCGACAAGCUCCGUUCUCUUGUCCGCAAGUGGCAGACUCUGAUUGAGGCCAACAUCACCGUGAAGACCACUGACGACUACCUCCUCCGCCUGUUCGCCAUUGCCUUCACCAAGAGACGCCCCAACCAGAUCAAGAAGACCACCUACGCCGCUUCCUCCCAGAUCCGUGCCAUCCGCAAGAAGAUGGUCGAGAUCAUCCAGCGCGAGGCUUCCACCUGCACUCUGUCUCAGCUCACCCACAAGCUCAUCCCCGAGGUUAUUGGACGUGAGAUCGAGAAGUCCACCCAGGGCAUCUACCCCCUGCAGAAUGUUCACAUUCGCAAGGUUAAGCUCCUGAAGUCCCCCAAGUUCGAUCUCGGUGCUCUCCUUGCUCUGCACGGCGAGUCCGCGACUGAUGACAAGGGCCAGAAGGUUGAGCGUGAGUUCAAGGAGACCGUUCUCGAGAAUGUUUAAAGGUUAUGUCAAUGAAGUGGUGUCACGUACUGGUCAGCCGGGACAAAUCAUUGUCUUCUGGUCAUAGGAAAAGAAAAAAGUUCAAACGUGUAUGACAGAUUCGAACUGGCGUGGAACUUUUAGCUACGCGUUAC